AUGGAGACACACGAGGGCUCGACGCUCAUCAAGCCGCCGCCCAAGGACCCCAACAAGGCGCCCAUCGAGAAUGUGCUCGAGGUGACGGAGAUGGCUGUCCUGGGCCCGGACAUCUUCACCAACGCGCGGCCGCAGUGGCACCCUCCCGGCGCGCGCGGCAUCUACGGCGGGUCCGUCAUCGCGCAGUGCCUCGCCUCGGCGCAGAAGACGGUGCCGGACCACUUCCUCGUGCACUCGUGCCACUGCUACUUCCUCCUCGCGGGCUCCGCCGACGUGCCGAUCCUGUUCCACGUCGAGCGCGUGCGCGACGGCCGCUCCUUUGCGACGCGCACCGUGCAGGCGCGCCAGCGCGGGCGCUGCAUCUUCACCACCACCAUCAGCUUCACGCGCGAGGGCUCCGGCGGCGAGCAGCAGGUGCGCCACGCCGUGCCGCUGCCCGACGGCGUCGAGGCCCCCUCGGACGACUGGGACGGCGAGCCCGAGUACGCGCGCACGGGGCCCUUCCAGAGCCGCAAGAUCGAGGUGCUGCGCGCGCGCGACCCCGAGGCGCGGCCCGACGAGCGCAAGGCCCGGCAGUGGAUACGCUCGCGGGGCGCCAUCUCGGCCUCGGGCGGCCACCAGGCGCACCUCGAGGCGCUGGCCUACAUGUCGGACAGCUACUUCAUCGGCACCGUGUCGCGCGUGCACCGCCUGUGGCGCUUCCCCUUUGCGCCCGAGGAGGUGCCCAAGCUGCCCGCCGAGGUGCGCCGCCAGGUCGAGCAGCUGAGCGAGUUUGAGGGCAUGGGCUCGCGCGUCGAGGACUGGGUCGGCAGGCCCUCGGUCGGCAUGCUCGUCAGCCUCGACCACAGCAUCUACUUCCACGAGCCGCUGCGCGUGCGCGCCGACGAGUGGAUGUUCACUGAGAUGGAGAGCCCCUGGUCCGGCGACGGGAGGGGCGUCGUGCUGCAAAAGAUUUUUGCAAAGGACGGGACGCUGCUGGCGACGUGCGUGCAAGAGGGCGUCGUCCGGCUGAAGCAGGACGGCAGCGAAAAGGCCGGCAAGCUAUGA